UUACGUACGCAACGAGGAAAAGCAAUAGAAAUAGAAAUAGAAAUAGAAAAAUGUCUUCCAGGCGUUUCAAGAGCGGUAGCGACACUUUUUCUUCUGAUCGAUUACAAAUAUUUGACAAGAUGGAAGAACAAAAAUGCCCCGUCCAGGGAAUGAGCAAAAUGAGCAUUAACGACAGCAUCGGUAACGAUAAUGGCAACCCCGUUAGCUCUCCCGUGAGAACCAACGGAACAGCGGGGAAUGAAAACGGGAAUUCCAAUCCCACUUCUGGGACCACUCCUGGUCAGUUGUCCCUGAGCCAUCGGGUAGGACGCAACAAGAGCGGGCCAUUAGGUCGAAUGAUGAAAGGGACCCGUGCUCCACCGAAACGAUCCCAGUCUUCGAAAAUUGGACGGCCGACCUUUGACCCCGGAUUGGGCGACUCACCUCCACAUGUUGAACAUACGAUGCAGGUCAAGAGGCGUGGUGUCGGUCGCAGCCAAAGCAGUCGAGUCAAGGGAUCUACAAGAAAAGCACCAGGACGUUCGGGAUCCUUUCAACGUCGUCGUGCUCCAGACCGAACGAACAGCUCGGCUUCCUCGCGCCGAAGAACUCAAAAGUCGACGAAUGUCGGGACGAUCGAAACCGACGAUGUGUCGAUUACCGAUUCGGUAUACACCUCCGUGACUUUUCAGACAAUGGAUUCCAUCACAAUUAGGAAAAAGCAGAUGCCGCCAAAUCAAGCGAAAGAUGGUAACGAAAUGUCCAUUGAAUUUGAUCAUUCUGACAAUUGGAUUGAUCAUGACGAUGAUGGUGAAACUUACGACUACGAAGACGAGCUGUCUGUUUUUUCGGAAUCCUGGAGCUCGACUGAAUCGUGCGAAGUUCUUAGUGAUUUCGAAGAAGGAGAAAUGGAUGGUGCUAUAAUGGAAGAUGACGAAGAUAAAAUGGAACGAAAGAAUCAAAACACAACUACGAUCGCGUCGACCGAAUACGAAAAGAAGGAACGAGAAUGAAGUACGAGUACUCUACGUGUUAUUCUUUUUCUGCUUUGUUGAAGAAACUAUCAACUUUUCCAACCAUCAAAGAUAAGAAUUGCUAUGUAUGCCUGAAAAGAGAACUCGAACUCGGGGCACCAGGAUCUCCAAAAAGUUAUUUCAUUUGACCAGAGUGUAUUCUUAAGAGAUCGUUGUUUAUCAUGUUAAAGAAGCGAAAUAAACAUCUUGUUUCAGACAGUCGUUCUGUGCACACAAAAGUCAGCCGAGUUGAUUUUGCCGGCUAUCAAAGACAUUGUACCCAACCACGACACAAUUUUGUUUCGAAAUAUUAGACAUUCUGACUCUACAUUGAGAUGGCAAGAUCUGCUUUCAAUUAACUGCGAUGUUCGCAGAAAUUGGUGGGGUUGAUUUGAUCUUUCUUCUUUUGAGACUGUCGUUUGAGAGAUGAAGAUGAUACGGCAUCCAACGCACUCAUCAUUUGCAACGACGGAAGCAUUUUUGAAAGCCGACGACGAUAGCCAAAGUAGACGGGAGACGCCAAGAUAUUGAACUCCGUCUUACUGCUUCUGUAAACAUCAUUAUCUUAGAACUCUGUUUUUGUCGGUGCAGUAUCUGCGUCAAUUCCAAUCCAUCCAUCUUUUAAAUUUUGAAACGAAAAGAAAAUUGAAUUCUGCGGCUAAGAACCUGACCUAAAUUUAUUGUCAUGAAUGAAAUGCACACGAUAUCCACUCACCUGGCCAUUCGUAUGCGUAAGCACUCUUGUUGACGGUUUCCCAGUGAUGCAUCUUUGUCUUCCUGUCUAGAAAGGAAUACCACGAAUCCAUCAUGGUCAUUCCGUGAUAACCUCGCAUGCGAUUGAUGUACCUGUUCGUGACAACAGAGGGCAGUUUGAAAUGCAAAGAAUUUGAGUUAAUCGAUCACGGGAUAAGAAUUGCCUUCCUUGAUUGGAAAUGGCGAGUCCAGAAGAUGGAAAAGACGUACCCUGUAAAUGUCGAGAACCAAGUCCCAGCAAAAGCUCUUGCUCGACUGGAAACAAUCGUGUCAAUCAUUCCGAAGUAAUUUGAAUCGAUAUCUCCAAGCCCAGCGAGAUCCCAGUAAUCGUCCAAGAAUCGUAUAUCAUGGUGUUUUGCAAUGGGGUCAAAGAAUGAUUUGUCACGCUCGUCAGUGGCGAUAAAUAUCAAUUCGUUCGGUUUCCAUAUGUCUUUGGUAUUCUCAUACCAUUCUUCGGCUGGAAUCUUCACUUUUUUGUAUUGAAAAUCUCCACGGCGAAUAUGCAUUGCCGAAUACCCACCGCCGCCCUCUUCGUCAGUAACGAAGUUUCUUUCUCUAGCUUCAGCUUGUAAAGCCUUAACAAUCUUCCCAGCAGCGCAAUAGAUUUCAUCAUUGUAGUGAAGAAAAUCUCUCACGAAUCGCUUAAAAUGAUUGUCCAAUGAAGAGUUUGUAAAAUGAAUAAUGUUGUAGAAAUGAGCAAGAAGGCGGAGCUCCUUCUUAUCGUCUGCUCGAAAGUGCAAAAGCGUGUGGUCAUUCAGCUCUGACGUCCAAAUGAAACGAUUUCUGUCACCACAAAAGGAAGAAAUCGAGCUUUCGCUGCUGUUUGUCGUCGAUUUUCCCGAGUACAGUGCCUCGUCAAAUAUGACGCAAUCGUUGUUGGCACCUACUUCUGGUGUGUGGCCAACUUCAUGAAAGUAAUUUUUGAUGUUGUCACAAAAAUUCUUUUCCUUUUUUCUAUUGACGCAAAGAUCUGCACUAGCCAUCACUUGUUCUCUCAUUUCUUCAGGGAUUGGCAAGCGGCCAUCAAUUCCACCCUCUCGUUUGAUGAAUUCUGCAGUCGAUAUGGUCUUCACCCUCUUCGAAAAUUCCGGUGUACUUAAUGGAAAAAAGUCUGCAAAUCCUCUUUGCUUAUGUGCCUUAUCGGCAUCCAGACGAUACAGAGGUUCUUUUGGGGGCAAGACGAGUGUUCUACCGGUCGCUGCAGCAAUUACGAAGAUAAUUUCCAUUGAC